AGCUACUUUAUGAAAAUGAACUUUACGCAUCGCAACCAAAAAGGAUAUAAAACAGGCGCUAGGAAAUGGGCAAUUAAAACCGACAGAGCCACUAAAGCAAAAAAGAGCAGAGAGGCUUAGACGUGUCAGCUUGCACGGUCAUUAGCUGGUUGCUUCAAACAUCACCACUGCCUGAAGAGUUUACACAUCUAAUAAACGCCGGCAAAGGCUUGUUGGGAGGAGACAUGCAGGGCCACCCUUCCCAGAUCCCGUCACCCCGUGUGUUUCAGGAAGGCCCGGGACUGGCCUGCCCGAGGAGCAGAGCAGCAGAGAUGAUCACACACGGGGGACGGGGGACUCUCAGCUCACCAAGUCCGGCUCGUCUCACUCACUAGGGUCCGGGCGAGCCCCAAGCGCCUUUGACCAAUCCAAAGCGAUUAUGCAAGACGGCGGACCAAUCAGCUCCGCCAGCUCAUGAAUAUUCAUAGGCUUGGCUGAGUCAAAGCUUUUAGGCGAGUUUGUGUAGAUCCACGGCAUCAUGCUUAGACUUUUCAAAGAGACAAACUCCAUUUUCUUAUGAAUGGAAAGUGAAAAGCCCUGUUCCGCUUAAAUUGGGUUCUUUCCUGUCCUGAGAAACACAACAGACCCCCAAAAGGCACGCUGAAGAGAGAACACACACACAGACCAAGCGACAAGAAAUGACCAUGACUACCAUGCCAGAGAGUCUUAAUAGCCCUGUCUCAGGGAAGGCUGUCUUUAUGGAGUUUGGGCCACCCAGCCAGCAAAUGUCUCCUUCUCCCAUGUCCCACGGACACUAUUCCAUGCACUGUUUACACUCAGCUGGCCACUCUCAGCCUGACAGCUCGUACAGCACAGCUUCAUCCUUCUCCAGACCGCUGGGCUACCCCUAUGUCAACUCGGUCAGCAGCCACUCGUCUAACCCCUACAUCAGUUCAGUGCAAUCCUACCCCAACAGCUCCAGCCUGACUCAGACCCGGUUAGAGGAGACAGGGGCCGACUCGGAGAAAAGCACGGUGGUAGAAGGAGGGGAAGUUCGCUUUAAUGGGAAAGGGAAAAAAAUCCGCAAGCCCCGGACUAUUUAUUCCAGUUUGCAGUUGCAGGCUUUGAACAGGAGAUUCCAGCAAACUCAGUACUUGGCUCUGCCCGAGAGAGCCGAGCUCGCAGCCUCGCUGGGACUCACCCAGACACAGGUGAAGAUCUGGUUCCAGAACAAGCGAUCUAAAUUCAAGAAGCUAAUGAAGCAGGGAGGGGCAGCUUUGGAAAGCGGCGCUCUGGCGAAUGGCAGGGCGCUCUCGGCCAGUUCGCCCCCAGGCCCCCCAGUGUGGAACACCACCUCGUCAUCGGGUAAGACCUCUACGGGGACCCCGGGCACUUACAUACCCAGCUACACAUCGUGGUACCCUUCAGCCCACCAAGAAGCUAUGCAGCAACCUCAGCUGAUGUGAUUACAAACCAGUUUCCCCAUUUCAAGCACUAUCGGUCCAGACAAAUAAAUAAAUCCAAUCAAUAAACAGAGGAAAGAAAGAGAGGGGGGAAAUAAAAAGAACAAACAACCGAGAAAAGGGUCUCUUGCCCGUAGAGCCAUUAACACUGCACCCUAGCGUGGUGCAGACAAGCACAGAUGUGAUGCGGGGCUGGUUUCCAACUGCUGACAGCUGACAGAGCAGCCAUUAGAUCAUCCGGAGAACAGCCUGGGAGCAGAGAGAAAAUCCGACCCUCAGCUUUGUGGGACAAUCAGAAAAAUAUGUUUGUAGAGGAAAAAAGCUCUCCUCUGUCCUGUCUGUCUGUCUGUGUCUAGCUGAUGAAAUGUAGGUCAUUUAUUUACUACCCCCACUCCUCUUUAACAGCAAUGCGAAAACAACCUGUACUAUAGCCAGAUAUUUUUCUUUGCAUUUUCCUGUACCCUUCACGACUCGUCUGUGUACAUUUUGAUUGUUGUUGUUAAAGGGAGAGAUGGGGAUUUAAUUUAUUGACUUAAAUUACCACUGUAAGAGUGCUAGAAACACAUGGACUAGCUGGUUUGCAAAGGGCACUGUUUCAACGCACAGUUUACUUUAAACAAAAUAAAACAAAAACAGCAAAAA